UCACAAUCGGAGUAGAAUUCAACGACAUAUUGUUACAUUUCUCCAGGCAAAAUAUUUUCAGCUUAAGUAUCCAUUAUAAAUACCGCACACGGGUAAGAACUUUUGGUUAGUUUUCGGUUUUCGUUGACAAGAGUCGACACAAAAUGCAGUCCAAGUUAUUUAUAUUAUUUUUCUGUUUUCUGUUUUGGUCCAAUGAAAGGUUUAUGGCAUCUGGAUAUAUCAGACGAAUUUCCAAACCAUCAGUAUACAAAUGGAAUGAAAAGAUCCGUCCAAGAGUCUCAGAUGAACCAGUUAAAAGACAAUACACGGAUUGCGGCGGCAAGAUAACCAAAGGUCCUGGUACCAUCGAGCAGUUCUUCGUUUCACGAAAUCCUAUGCACAAGGUCAACUGCACGUGGAGAAUUCACGCACCCGAAAACCAUCACGUCUACGUGAAGCAGCUGAGGAUUACACGUACGACUUUGCAGAACGCUGAUGCGAGCAAAUUCGAUGACGCACCGUUCAUACAGGUUUUCGACGGCAAAGAUAUGACCGAGGAGAAUCGAUUAUUUCGGUUUGGUGAUGCUAAUUUGAAUCGGUGCCUAUCCAGUGAGCAGGAUUUAACAAUUAGCUUGACCUACAAUGAGUCUGGAAGACAUAUUGACCAAGAAGCUGUCAUAAAAUACGGUUUUGUCGAAAGUUCAAUAGUUGAAGAUCUUAUUCCUUAAUUUUAAAAUGUACUACAUAAAUUUGUAAUAAAAUAUGAUGCUUUUUUCUAAAU